GUGCUUGAACCUUUAAACUUAUUACUAUCAAAAACCAUUAUAAUAUUGUUAUUCAAAUUAUGUGAAUUGCAAUUGAUUUACCUGUGUAUGUUUGUUGGAAAUUAUGUCUGAUUAGAUUCCAUGUAAAAAAAAGUGCCAGGAGCAGUUUCAUGUCAGUGAUGUAUCAGUGUAUUCUGGGAAUGUUAACCAUGAGAUGUUGAUCAUUUGAGUGCAAGUUGUGAUAUGAGGAUGUUUAUUGGUGUUAUGUUAUUCUGUAUUGAUAAUGAGGCACAUCCUGCCCUCCCUACAAUAGCUGCAUGUUCUGAUAUGGGGCAGAUGGGAGGAGAUAGUUGAUGCUUGAAGCCACAUUUCCCCCCAGCCCAUCUUCACACCAUCAGCUGAGCCAUACUUCCUCACAAGUGGUACAGUUGGUGCAGGGCAGCAGAUUGUUAAUGUUGUUUAUGACUGUUGUUUAUGACCCAGGAUUUAAUGGUGCACUACUGCAGGGGUCAGCAUCACAUUAGUGCAUAGCCGUCCAUUUCCUGCUGUGAUUUGGUAGACUUGAGGAACUCAGGAUUCUAUACAGUGACAUCUUCUAUGUUUUGGAAUAUUUUAUGAUAAGGGUUGUUCAUGGUGUUUCUUUGCUUGAACUUAGUGGACUUCACAGGAUUAAGUGUUUCUUAUCUUUGAUGAAAUUUAAUGGUCAAUUCCUGAUAUACAUUACAUUUGUAUUUUGACAUCUGUGAAACAUUGUCCAGCUGGAAUCACUGUUUUACAUCCUGUGGCUUCAUUUUUCAUGUAUUAUUCAUAAAUGGACUCACUGUACAGGGGUAAAUUACAGUAAUUGCUCUGCACUUAACCCAGGUCAUCAUUCACAAAACACUAGCAUUCUGUUACAGGAUGGGGUUUCAGAAAAAUAGGGGAUGGUCUCUUGGGAUUGAGGGUCUUGAUAUUCAUGAUUUUUUUAAAAACAGCUCAUUUUCAAGGUGUUUUAAGUUGUGAUAAGCUGAAGAUAAGUUACUAUUGCCGGUUUCAGCUUUUUAUCCUGAAUAGGCAUCUUUGGAAUUUAUUUGUGUAAAUCAGAAUGAAUGAAAAUCCCUUGGAAAAAGGAAAAUGUAAAGCAGCGGUUCAAGGUCAUUUCUAAAGUAAUUUAAUAGCUGAUAAGCGGGGCUAUACAGGGAUACUUAUUAAAGUCCUAGGAUUAACAUACUGAUCCUGACAUUUGGUUUUAAAUUAAUCUGUUCAAUUUGAGUAUUUUGAUAUUUGAUAAAAUAUGGAUAUACCAGUGUGUGUUAUCAGUGAAUGACUUAUUCCUGGAUUUACGAGGAAUAAUGACCGCUCCUUCCCACUAUGGACACUGGAUUGUCAGAGUUAUCUUAUCAUGGGUGAUCUUGGAUGCAUGUCAGGACCGACAGUCGUGUAGCCUGGUGGCCAGCACCAAGACAUUUGAGCAGGAUCCGUGUCCUGGCACACGCAAAUACCUUGAGGUCGCAUAUAAGUGUAGGCCCAAUGAGUUUUCAAGCGAGACAGUGUGUGAGGGCGAUCAGUUGGAGUUGCGAUGUAGCAGGUCUACACGUAUCGCAAUCUCAACAGGAAUGUUUGGCCGCGCAUCCGUCGGUGACCUCAAGUGCCCAGAGCUACUCAGAAAUACCUCAGCAAUUCAAACUACAUGCCGAUCCAAAACAGCUGUUAGUGAGCUAAAACAGAUAUGUCACGGGCGGAAGUCAUGCACCAUAUACGCAGAAGAAUACGUUUUCGGGAACCCAUGCCCGAAAGGAGUCAACAAAUACCUCAAUGUAGUUUACACAUGUGUUCCAAAACAGGUGCUAAAGAGUAACAGAAAGCACAAGAAGAAAGAUGGGGGUAAGAAUGAAGGGGGUAGUGUUACAGAGCAUAGCGACCACAUUCCCCCUGCCCUUAUUGAGUCCUCAUCAUCCAACAACAAACCAGGGCCUCAUACAACCACCUCACAGCGGAUAGACGAUGUCUUCCCGGCAGACGCAGCAACGAGUGAAAACAAUGACAUUCAGCGCCACCCCAGUGACCGGUAUCCGGGGGACCCAGUGAUCGGGAAGAGUAAGGACACGCAUGGGGAUAAACAUGGGGGCAAGUUUGAAGACAGUCUUUCAAGAGGCAGCAAUCUUGAACCCGGGAAGACUACUACACCAUGCAUGAAUAAGACCAAGUCUCGAAGCCCAAAUGGACCGUCUGCCGUGGGCCUUCUCACAGACUGGAUCAACACAUUCAACUUCAUGAGAGAGAACAAAGAGAAAGCAUUGCUGUAUUUAGUACUAGGGGUGGCAUUUGGAGUUAUCUCCCUUCUCUUCCUUGUGAUAAUAAGACUUGCCAUAAUCAAUAAACGGAAGUCGAGGGCAAAGCUUGAUGUGUCAGAGCCUGUGCACGAAAAUCACACCAUCCCAUCGAACCACAUAGAGGUUCCUACGUUGGACCGCACAGACUCACUUGAUCGUAUUGAGGUUGUGAGAUUUAAUCCUAUGCAUAGUCGAGACUUUGCGACGUGUACAUUACGCAGUGAUAUUGGCGACAGAAGUUUGACUAACUAUUAUGGGUAAACUAGUGCUUUCAGCUUGGAACGCGAAAUGGCAUCUUAUUUAUGUUAGGGCUAAUGAUUUGUACAGUAUUCUGUACGAUGUUAAGGAAUGUCUGUGUUAAAUAACAGGUUCAAUGUACACAAAAUUCAUUUAUAUGCUCUCUUCUACAACUCAUUAAGUUUAAUCUAUUAAAUAUCAGCUAAAUAAAAUAUCAGCUAAAAAAAUAUCUUUUGCAGUUUCAACAUCUGUUGUUGCAAAUUAAUCUACAUUUACAUUAAAUUUCAGCAUUUAUGACAAAUUUGAAUGAAAUUGUUUAUAUUAUUUAUAUUUAAAUAACGAGACUGUUCAUAUGGUAAUGAAUGCCUAUAGGAUAAUUACUGGUUUUAAAAACAUAGAAGUAUGACUAUGUGAAGUGUGUGUAUAGAAUAUACUUGAUAUAUAAGUAAAAUACAUAUUUGAGGGCUAUUUGACCGACAGAACUCCAUAUAAAACAAGAAGGAGUUACGUCCCGUACCCUCUAACACUGAACCUGUGUAAUACAUGAAUCUGUUUACAUGUACAGUUAAACAUUACAAUACUGUGAUAACAAUACUGUGCAGCAUAUGGAUAGACAAGUGCAUUUAAUCAAGAUAUCUUGUCAUAUUAAGAUAUAUUAAAAAAUACUUUUUGAAGUUUUUCUCGUAGAUUGCCUCAUUUAUGUUACCAUCUUGGUAUCUUGUUUGUACAAGAUUUGCAUUGUACCAUAUUAUACUAUGUAUAGGACGCACAUUUCUAUGUUUGGGAAAAAAUUGCCUGGGUCCUAUCUUAUGUUUUAGGUUUUAAACAAAAUUCUUGAGUAUUUCAGGCCGAAAUUCUCUGAGCAGUGACAAAAUAUGUUGUAAAUGCCUCACCAACCUAAACUUUUUGGCUCCGAUUUUGGCAUUUUUCCGCUGCAUCCUAUCUUUUGUAUUAAGGGUUUUUAAAAAAAAAUGCCUGCGUCCUAUCUAUGCUAGCGUUCUAUACAUAGUAUAAUACGGUACUUAAAUACAAAAGUUUUUAUUGAUUUUUGAAAGAGUUUAUACCUUUCAAAACAUGAUGUAGAACAUCUACCUGCUGUCCAUAUGCGGCAUGUUGUUGGUACAAUGUUAUACUUAGCCCAAAUGUGUUGAACUAUACGUAGGAUGGGGCGUUGCAAUAUGUUCUCCUCCUAAUCUCUUGUUUACUUUACUGAUUUGCAGAGAUUUUUGUGUACAUAGUUAACAUUGCUUGCUCUGCAGUUAUGAAUCUAAUAAAUUGUUUUAUGUUUGCCUUUUUGUGCAAGUCACUGUAUUAAAACAAUAAAUUUUUAUGGUUCUAUCAGACAUUUCUGUGACUUCGAAGACAGUUGAUUUUUCAAUUUAAAGACAGUAUUGUAACAUUUUAAAACUUCAUUAGCUUAUGUUCAUGCAAAUCAUAAUGUAUAACAGUUUUCAAUUACAUAACUAUCAACAAUAACAACAACAAUAACAACAACAAUACUGUGCAAUAUUAUUCACUAGGAAGUCAUUGAAAAUGAUCUGAUAUUCUCACUGGUAGAAAGUGAUACCGGUAUAAACCGAGGCACAGCCCAUGCAAUCAGUGAAUAUCAGAGGUUAUCAUAUGGCUUCCUAGUCAACUGUUUUAUUACAUGACAAAGGUAGUGUUAUAUCCAUAAUUCAUUAUGAACACUCAGAUAAAAAAUGUAAGCUUUAAUUAUUUAUAAUGAAGGAAGAAAGCGCGCCAAUAGUAGUAUUUUUUUAAUUGAUGUCAUUUUCAAUGAUUUUCAAUGUGAUGCUGGAAAUAGUUAAUCGGAAAUGAUGUCAUUGAAUAUUUCUCGGUAACGACCAUGAUAAUGUUCUUUGGUAACUGAUGGCACAUGUAUUAAUUGGGAGCUAUUUAUAGACGAUGAAUAUAAUUAAGGAAAACCCAAGCCAAUGAAAUAUGAGAUAUAUUGUCGUGCUCUGGACCACUGAGACACUGUCUAUUUGUAGGUAAUAUAAUAAUUUGUUAUUUUGAAAGUCUGUUUGUAGGUAAUUGUUAUUUUGGAAAUUCAAAGAAUAUUUUCUAGGAGAAAACAGCGCUUUAAGGCUUUUUGUUGUUGAUUUUUUCUUAUACUUUAAUGUCUAUAUGUAAAACAGUUUUCUGUAUUUUUGGCUUUAAAUAGAUCUGACUUUGCAUUCAUUGUUUUAUUUAUUAAUCAUUAUUUUAUCAUUGAUAUUUUAUAAAUGGCAAAAGGAUAUUAUUACUGUUUUUUAAUUGUUGCAACGUCAAUUGGCAGUUUAUGUUUGUUUCAUACACAUACAGUUGUUUCCAUCUUACAUUAUUUUUAUCUCUAAAUCAUGAAAGGUUUCUAUUUAAGAUAAACAUGUAUGUGCACAUGUGUUGUUUCCUGUUUACAUAUAAUCAUAUCAACACAUGAAUAGACACAGAUAUUGUGCUUGAAAAACAGAGAGAGGGGAAGAUGAACUAUAAAAUCAAAACAUGUAAAUAAUUCAAAGCUUAUAAGUCUGCUGUGAUGGUUUUUUCCUUGCAAUGAUAAGAUCAAUACAUGUAUAAUGCUUGAUAGACUUUUUGAUAUCUGUUACUGAAACUGCCAAUUUUGCAUAUAACUUUUUGUCAUGGUUAAAACUGAUGUCUCAAGUUUUGAAGAAAGUUAUUUAAAUCAUUUUGAAAAAAAAAAAUCUACCAAUGUUUUAUGACAUUUUUCAGGCUGGUUGUGAAAGCUUUUUAGCUGGUAAGAGUGAUGUUAGGCUUUCUUACAUGUCUGAUAAACUUUCUCCUCCAUGGCUCCAGGCAGGUUGCCACAUAUAUUGUACCGUACUAAAAUCUAAGUGAAUAUGUACAAUAUGCGGAGUUAUGUCCCCUGGAGACUUUGUCACAUGUCACCUCAGAAAGGUUGUGCUGUAUUGUUGGUGCUAUAUUUUCUUCCAUGGUUUUCUGUAGGUUGUUUGUAAUUAUAUUCUUAUGCAUUCAGAUGGUUUGUUUUUUAUUUUGUAAGAGUUUGUGACAUAAUCAUGCAGUAUUCUUUUUUAAAUACUGUAAGCUAUUUUUGUCUUUUAAAAAACAGAUACUUAAUUUACCCCAUGUAGACUUACUAUUCUUUGCGACAGUCUUGUUCAAGUCAUCUUUGUUUGAGUACUUAUGGACUUUUUAAUUUUUAGCUUGUCUGAUUUUUCAAGUUAAGUUGUGCGAUUAGGUCACUUACAUGGUAACUAUCAAAGCUGUCACUUUGGGAACUUGUUCAUCAUUCAUCACAGAUGCUGAGUCUCACCUGUUUUUUGGGGUAAAAAGAUGAAUUUUGAUGGAUUUUGGUUGAUUUUGAGAAUUGGACAUAACUUCUUCUAUUUUUGUUGGAUUGAUUUAAAAAAAAAUCACAUUGUCAUAGUAAAUGGAUAAUGCCUCCAAUAUAUCAAACAGGUUUUUUUAGUCACACAUUUGGAAGGGUAGGGGGAGGGUGAAUGGAUAUUUAAGUAUUUUUGGAAUUUGUAAUUUUUAGCUAGGUAGUCUGAUUUUUUAAGUUUUGUGCUUGGGUCACUUACAAGCAAACUAUAAAAGUUAUCGCUUUCAAACUUUGGAAUACCUGUUCACUAUCAACUGUUCAAUAUCAUAUAUGAAAUAAAUAAAUUGUAAAAGGAUAAAAUCAGACAAGCGUUCAGCACUCGCAGGUAGUGCUCUUGUUUAAAAAAAGUAUGUUAUCAUUAUUAAAAACUAACUUUUUAGCAAAUUAACUUCCAAUUAACUACUGGUACAUUCCCGACCCCAGAUUUGUGAGACAGUGUGUUAUUCUCUUAUAGGGCUCUGGGUAGAGAAAUUGUGAUGAUCUUUUGGACUAUAACAUAAUCUUGGUAAGAGUGGUUUAAUUUAGUAACUUCAUUAUCAUACAAGUUUCACAAUUAUUUUACAUUUAAUUGGUUGAAAUCUCAUCCUUGUGUGUAUUGUAAACUUGGUUUUGAUGCAUCAGAUCUUUCAGGUUUAUGUAUGUUUUUACUCAUUCACAAGAAACGAUGACGGGUAUUUCAUGAUCAUUUCUUUUUUUGCUAUACAUAAUGCUUAAUUUUUAUCUUUUUUUAGUACAAAAUCAAUUUUGUACCAAUCGAGCAGACUUUGCCAAAAUUGGUUGUAGUUUACAUUUUAUGCAAUGUUUCUUGUAUUUAUACUUUUAUGCAUCAUCAUCAUCAUCAUCAUCAUCAUCAUCAUCAUCAUCACAACGAUAUUUGAUCUUAAGCUUUACUUGACUAUUUUUACUGUCCAAUGAACAAAGAUAUUUACCCAAGAAUUAACUUCAUUUUUUAUCACCAAUAGUUUAUGGACUAUGUGAACAUUUUACAUAUUGUCUCUGUAUAUAAAAUGUUGAUUAUGUUGAAUUAUUGUUGAGAAUAUAUUCAAAAUAUGUAAUGAAAUAAAAAGUGCAAUAUCAA